ACAGUCAGCAACUUAAAUCAUAAAAGCAUCAAGAAUUUCAAUUCUCUAAUUUGAAAGCAUUAAGAAUCUUCAAACUAUUAAAUUGUCAACAAAAAUGGACAGAAUCGAGAACAACUUUGAAGCAUCAUCAUCAAAACCAACUGAAGAUCAAUUAGCAAAAGAAAUUGAGCUCAUUAAGUGCAUGAACGAAGCCUUAAUUCAACAAAAUGUAAAAUUAAUAAGAACAGAAACUAACUUGAGAGUAAAGUUGGAACAAGCACAACUCAAAAACGUAAAAUUCAUCCAAAAACUUGACAAAGGAAUCCUCAGUGAUGUAAUGGGAAUGAUUCAAGACGAAAACACUAAAGACUUCAGCAUCAUUAUCAAUGACAACGAAUUUCCAGUUCACAAGUUCCUCCUUGAAGCUAGAAGUUCAACAUUUGCCUCAGUUUUAAGGAACAACCCAGACGCUCAUAAUUUGGUUUUAACUGACAUCGAUGAAGAAGUCUUUGAGAAGAUCUUAAUCUUUCUUUAUACCGACGAUCUACCAAGAGAUUAUGAGGAAGACUACUUGAAACUCUUUACUGCAGCUGGAAUUUUGAAGAUUGAAGACUUAAAAAGCUUCGCUGGUGUUAAAGCAUGCAACUUAGUCAAAAAAGAAAACGUCAUUGAAGUUCUAAUCUUGAGCACCAAAUAUGAACAUGAUGUAUUGAAGAAUUGUGCAUUUGAUGAAAUUAAGAAAUUCUAUCCAAACAUCAAGUUUGACAACAAAUGGAUCAACGACACUCACAAAAUCUUAGAAGCUAUCGAAAAGAAGAAAGUUUCUAGAAUUCCAGUACGUGUAAGCUACUGUUAAGGAAUCAGAAUUAGGGUUUGACAAAAAAAGUGUAGAUUUUGCUGAAUAAAAUAAAGAGUUUAAAAUUAAAUUUUUGUGUUUUUUAAGUAGCU